GAGGAAUGUCUGCGGGGGACAGUGCUGCCCGGGAUGGACGACAGCAAACAGCACCAACCAUUGUAUCAAACCCGUGUGCCAGCCGCCCUGCCAGAACCGAGGCUCCUGCAGCCGGCCCCAGCUCUGCGUGUGUCGCUCUGGCUUCCGAGGGGCCCGCUGUGAGGAGGUCAUUCCUGAGGAGGAGUUUGACCCCCAGAGCUCCAGGCUGGCCCCCCGGCGCUCUGCCGAGAGGGCGCCCAACCUCCGCAGGAGCAGCACAGCCAGAGAAGUCCCUGUGGCCAGAACACAGCCGCUGGCGCCACAGCUGCCAGCAGCCAGGACCCUGAGCGCGCUCAGCCAGACUGGUCCCUCCCCGCCGCAGGUGGGGCCGUCCCGGACCGCCCGACGUUACCCAGCCACUGCCAGCAGCGGCCAGCUGACUUCCAAUGCACUGCCUGCAGGACUUGAGCAGAGGGAUGGUGCCCAGCAGGCCGCGCCUCUGGGCUUCCUGUCGUCCCCCUGGGGGCUGAACCUCACCGAGAAAAUCAAGAAGAUCAAGAUCGUCUUCACCCCCACCAUCUGCAAGCAGACCUGUGCCCGUGGGCACUGUGCCAACAGCUGUGAGCGGGGCGACACCACCACCCUGUACAGCCAGGGCGGCCACGGACAUGACCCCAAGACUGGCUUCCGCAUCUAUUUCUGCCAGAUCCCCUGCCUGAAUGGAGGCCGCUGUAUCGGCCGGGACGAGUGCUGGUGCCCCAGCAACUCCACCGGGAAGUUCUGCCACCUGCCGGCUCCGCAGCCAGACAGGGAGCCUCCCAAGACAGGGUCCCGCCACAGGGCCCUGCUGGGAGGCCCCUUGCAGCAGUCCACCUUCAUGCUGCCACUCUCCAACCAGCUGGCUUCCGUGAACCCCUCCUUGGUGAAAGUGCACAUCCACCACCCACCGGAGGCCUCUGUGCAGAUCCACCAGGUGGCCCGGGUGCGGGGCGAGGCCGACGGGGCCCUGGAGGAGAACAGCGUGGAGACCAGAGCUCCGCCCCGGCGCCCCGCCCACCCCCAGCACGGCGGCUGGGACGGCAACAGCAUCCCCGCGCGAUCCGGGGAGCCCCCGCAGUCGCCACCCCAAGUGGUGUCCAGGCGUCAGGGGCUGCUGGGCCGGUGUUACCUGAACGCUGUGAACGGACAGUGUGCCAACCCGCUGCUGGAGCUGACUUCCCAGGAGGACUGUUGCAGUGGUGUGGGAGCCUUCUGGGGGGUGACCUCCUGUGCCCCGUGUUCACCGAGACAAGCCUCCGCGGUGACCAAGGACGGCCAGCUGGACUGUCCCCUGGGGUACAGGCGGCUGAAUGUGACUCACUGCCAAGAUAUCAACGAGUGCCUGAUCGCGGGCCUGUGCAAGGACCUGCAGUGCGUGAACACCAGAGGCAGCUACCUGUGCACGUGCAGACCGGGCCUGAUGCUGGACCCAUCGCGGAGCCGCUGCGUGUCGGACAAGGCCGUCUCCAUGCAGCAGGGACUGUGCUACCGGUCGCUGGGGCCUGGCACCUGUGCCCUGCCUUUGGCCCAGAAGAUCACCAAGCAGAUAUGCUGCUGCAGCCGUGUGGGCAAAGCAUGGGGCAGCAAGUGUGAGAAAUGCCCCUUGCCUGGCACAGAGGCCUUCCGGGAGAUCUGCCCUGCUGGCCACGGCUACACCUACUCGAGCUCAGACAUCCGUCUGUCCAUGAGGAGAGCUGAGGAGGAAGAACUGGCCGGGCCCUCGAGGGAGGAGGCUCAGCGGAGCGGCGGGGCCCUGCCUGGGCCAGGAGAGAGGCAGCCGCUGCGGGCGGCCACCAGCACCUGGCUGGAGGCUGAGAGCAUCCCUGACAAGGGCGACUCUCAGGCUGGCCAGGAUACAACCAGUGUCACCCACACACCUGCCUGGGUCCCAGUGCAUGCCAGUGGAAGGCCAACGCCACCCCUGCCUGAACAGGGGGUUCCAGAGACCCAGGAAGAGGAGCACCUGGCCCUUUCCACAGAUGUGCUGGUGACCUCAGCUCCCCCAGGCACUGACAGAUGUGCUGCUGGAGCUGCCCACAUCUGCGGCCCUGGAACCUGUGUGAACCUCCCAGACGGAUACAGAUGCGUCUGCAACUCUGGCUACCGGCUACACCCCAGCCAGGCCUACUGCACAGAUGACAACGAGUGUCUGAGGGACCCUUGUGCAGGAAGAGGGCGCUGUGUUAACAGCGUGGGCUCCUACUCCUGCCUCUGCUACCCUGGCUACACGCUGGCCACCUCGGCGGCCGCACAGGAGUGCCAAGAUAUUGACGAAUGUCGUCAGCCCGGCACCUGCCCCGACGGGCGAUGCGUCAACUCCCCCGGCUCCUACACUUGCCUGGCCUGUGAGGAGGGCUACCGGGGUCAGAGCGGGAGCUGUGUAGAUGUGAACGAGUGUCUGACCCCGGGGGUCUGUGCCCACGGGCGGUGCGUCAACCUGGAAGGCUCCUUUAGAUGCUCUUGUGAGCAGGGCUACGAGGUCACCUCAGACAAGAAGGGCUGCCAAGAUGUGAACGAGUGUGCCAGCCGGGCCUCGUGCCCCAAAGGCCUCUGCGUCAACACCGAGGGCUCCUUCACCUGCUCCGCCUGCGAGAGCGGGUACUGGGUGAAUGCAGACGGCACGGCCUGUGAAGACCUAGAUGAGUGCACCUUCCCCGGAGUCUGCCCGGCGGGCGUCUGCACCAACACUGUGGGCUCCUUCUCCUGCAAAGACUGCGCUGAGGGCUACCGGCCCGGCCCCCUGGGCCGCGCCUGUGAAGACGUGGAUGAGUGCGAGGACCCCCGCAGCAGCUGCCUGGGAGGCGAGUGCAAGAACACGGCAGGCUCCUACCAGUGCCUCUGUCCCCCGGGCCUCCAGCUGGCCAAUGGCACCGUGUGCGAGGACGUGGACGAGUGCGCAGGGGAGGAGCACUGUGCGCCCCACGGCGAGUGCCUCAACAGCCACGGGUCCUUCUUCUGUCUCUGUGCACCCGGCUUUGCCAGCGUGGAGCGGGGCACAAGCUGCCAGGAUGUGGAUGAGUGCGCAGCCACAGACCCCUGUGUGGGAGGGCGCUGCGUCAACACCGAGGGCUCCUUCGACUGUCUGUGCGAGGCUGGCUUCCGGCCCUCCCCGGAGAGCGGGCAGUGUGUGGAUAUUGACGAGUGUGAGGACGACGGGGCCCCAGUGUGCGGGGCCUGGAGGUGUGAGAACAGCCCUGGCUCCUACCGCUGUGUCCUGGGCUGCCAGCCUGGCUUCUACAUGGCCCCGACUGGAGACUGCAUCGACGUAGACGAGUGUGCCAACGACACCGUGUGUGGGAGCCACGGCUUCUGUGACAACACGGACGGCUCGUUCCGCUGCCUCUGUGACCAGGGCUUCGAGACCUCCCCCUCAGGCUGGGACUGUGUUGAUGUGAACGAGUGUGAGCUCAUGCUCGCCGUGUGCGGGGCCGCUCUCUGCGAGAACGUGGAGGGCUCCUUCCUGUGCCUCUGCGCCAGCGACGGGGAGGAGUAUGACGCGAAAGAAGGGCUCUGCCGUCCCCGGGGGGCUGGAGCUCAGAGCAUCUCCGAGACCCCAGCCGGGGAGCAUGCCUCGGGCGCCCUCCGCAUGGCCUGCUACUCCGGGCAGGAUGGCCGUCCGCCCUGCUCCAGCGUCCUGGGCUGGAACUCCACGCACGCCCAGUGCUGCUGCACGCAGGGCGCCAGGUGGGGAGACAGCUGUGACCUCUGCCCGCCGGAGGGCUCUGGUGAAUUCGGCGCGCUCUGCCCCAGUGGGAAAGGCUACGUCCCUGUGGAGGGAGACUGGACAUUCGCGCAGACCAUGUACACAGAUGCCGACGAGUGUGCGCUGUUCGGGCCUGCGCUCUGCCAGAACGGCAGGUGCCUCAACACGGUGCCCGGCUACAUCUGCCUGUGCAAUCCUGGCUACCACUACUCGGCCUCCCGCGGGAAGUGCGAGGAUCACAACGAGUGCCAGGACCUGGCCUGUGAGAACGGCGAGUGUGUGAACACGGAGGGCUCCUUCCACUGCUUCUGCAGCCCGCCCCUCACCCUGGACCUCAGCGGGCAGCGCUGCGUGAACGGCACCGGCAGCGUGGAGGACCUGCCUGACCAUGACAUCCACAUGGACGUCUGCUGGAGAAAGGUCACCAAUGACGUGUGCAGCCAACCCCUGCGCGGGCACCAGACCACCUACACGGAGUGCUGCUGUCAGGGUGGCGAGGCCUGGAGCCAGCAGUGUGCUCUGUGUCCCCCCAGGAGCUCUGAGGUCUAUGCUCAGCUCUGCAACGUGGCCCGGAUUGAGGCGGAGCGGGAGGCCGGGGUCCACUUCCGGCCAGGCUAUGAGUACGGCCCUGGCCCAGAGGACCUGCACUACAGCCUUUAUGGCCCAGAGGGCGCCCCCUUCUACAGCUACCUGGGUCCUGAGGACACCGUCCUCGAGGCCCCGUUCUCCAGCACAGCCAGACAACCAGGGGACCCCACCCUUGCCUUUGAGCUGCCCCUGCAGCCCUCCGAACUCCAGCCCCGCUAUGUGGCCAGCCAUCCAGCUGCCUUCGAAGGGCUGCGGGCCGAGGAGUGCGGCGUCCUGAACGGCUGCGAGAACGGCCGCUGCGUGCGCGUGCAGGAGGGCUACACCUGCGACUGCCUCGACGGCUUCCAGCUGGACGCGGCCCGCAUGGCCUGCGUGGACGUGAACGAGUGCGACGACUUGAACGGCCCCGCCGCGCUCUGCGCCCACGGCCGCUGCGAGAACACAGAGGGCGCCUACCGCUGCCACUGCUCCCCAGGUUACGUGGCCAAGCCAGACCCGCCGCACUGUGCCAAGGAGUAGCUGCCUGGAGUCGCCCCCAGCCGCGGGCGGACGCCUUGCGGACGCUGUCCUGGCUGGGGCGACACCAGCACCCCAGGCUGGGUCCUGCAGCCCUGGCUCUGGCUGCGAGCUUGUCACUGCCUCCGUGCCCUGCUCGGCUGCAGCACCACCUAAUGCUUUAACGCUGCGGCCACGGCCCGAGGCCCCGCCCACCGCCUGGCCCGGCCGGGGACGCUAUCAGACCCCCGGGGGCAAACGCAGGUCCCGCGGCCGCGCCCUGCAGGCUCCCCUCCGGCUCUCACGCACAGCGCCUCGAUCCCACAGCUGCGCAGAGGCUGCGCCGGCCCCGGGGCGGUGCUUCGGAACCUGAGCGCCAGACCGGGUUUGAGAGCUCGGGGGUGAUCCGGUGCCUCUCAGCACUGUCGCCGCCGCCCAGUCCGCUGUGGGCCCUGCUUCUGCCACACCUCCAUCCAGCUGGCGGCCCCAGGGAAGGUCAGAGGACCCGUUCAUCUCUGAGAAGCAAGACUGAUGCUAGCUUGCUGAAUGCCAGCCACAGGAAGAGGAGCAAAGAGCCGAACAAGAAGGCAGUAUGAAAACAAGGAGAGCGGAUACAGAAGGGAGCCGCUGCCUUUACAAGUCCAAAGAAAGUGUUCGGCAGCUUUGGGUAAAUACUCAGAACUCACCCAGCCAUAGCCCCUGGGCACCGGCAGCAGGGCUGCCACCGGAGCACUCGUCUCCAAAGACCUUUAUUAAACACAUGCACUUCUCGCAGGACACAGAUCUCCUCUGCGCUUUUUUUGGUGAAAGCCAGCUGAUCUGCUAACAGUAAAAAGCUCUAUUUUCUAGUGUGGUCCUGUUCAGAGGAAGGCAGAUUUCCAAUGUUGUUGUUCUCUUCUCUCAGAGCCUGGGCCCAUCCCGUUCUGAAAAUGGAUGUCUGGAACCCCUCUGGGCUUACAAGUAGAGACUUCUCCAACCCAGGCUAGCUGGGAGCUCAGAACCAUGGUAAAGAAAUGCACACCCAGGGGGCGGGGAUACAGCUCAGCAGCACAGCACCUGUCUGGCAAGCACCGGAUCCUGAGUUUGAUUCCCAGUUCCAAAAAAAAAACAGAAAUAUACACCCUGACUCUUCCGUUUCCUGUUUUUAUUUCACAUUAGACCAAUUUUCUUUACCCAUGGGCUAAGUCUAAAAAUGAGAUGAGGCCAGCUCUGCCAAUAGCAUGCCCUUUGGUUCCAAGGGGAAGGUUCUUUACUAUUUGAAGACAAGGAAAACUGUGACGACUUCAGGUGAACAGCAGUGUAAACAAGGCGGCAUGUGACUGCAGAUGAAGACAAUCGCUACUUUCUUAAUGCAGCCUGUCCGUCCCCCCUGCUGCUCCCACUGUCGGCCACCACAUGCCAUUGAGUGUUGCGCACAGAUUUCAUUUAAUCAGCCAGCGAUCCUACUUCUUAUUUUUAUUCCCAGCUUACUGGUGAGGAAACUGAGGCACAGAAAAGUUGAAAUAAUUUGCUCUAAGUCACUAGGGUAGUUAUGUUUUUAGAAGACAAAAAUGUAUGAUUUUACUUGUGUGAAAAUAUCUUUCCAUUUGUAAUAAAAGAAAUGCAACUCACAAUGCAGUGAUCCACUUUUUUAAGGGAUUAGCAAAGAUGAGAAACUUUGCUCAGACUCCUAGUUGGCAGGCCAGCAUCCAGGGGCACGAGGCUCCCGUACCAGCCGAGAGGAGCUUGAAGUGCUGCCACCUUCCAAGAGGACAGCAUGACGAGGCUUUCAAAAUUACAGCAGUACUAACUUCCAGGAAUUUAAUUUUGAGAUGUUAACGUCCUCACCAAAUGUGAAAUGACAUAUAUAAAAGGUUAUUUAUUAUAGUAUUAUUUGUAAUAGCAAAAGAUUAGUUGCUAUGGAAACAAACAAAAAAAGCUCUAAUGCCUUAGGAAAGAUAUCCAAGACAAAGAGAGAAGGGGGGGUUAUACAACAGUGGGGAACAUAUGCUGCUAUCUGUCUAAAGAGAAGGGGGGAGCUGCUGACCUCGUCCUUACAUCCACCGAUCGUAACAUACCCUGCUGUUCCCGCUGCCCACCCCACCCCCAACCUCCCCGCUCCUUCUUCCAGACACACUGCGUGUGUUGUGCGUGUAUUUCUGUUCACUAAGAACCCACACGGUCUGUUAUGCAAGCUGCUCUGUGCUCUGCUUUUUUCACUUUACACUUAACGCUAACAAUCGUCACAUUCUCCUUCAUAGCUGUACACUAUUCCACUGGACGGCUACCCUGUAAUGAAACAGUUCCUCACUGACAGACAUUUCCACUGUUUAUCUUUUGCUUAUAAUGCUGUAAUGAAUAUUCUUCUGCAUGUUAUUUCACAUUAUAUCUCAGAUAAAUUCUUUGAAACAACUGUGGUUGUGGGGAGGGUGGUAGGGUGGAUAGAACAAUACCGGGAGACUUUUCACUGUAAGCCCUUUUGUGUACAUGUAUUACCUAUUCAGAAAAUAAAAUAUUUUUAAAUACA